CUCCAGCUCCCGCGCGUGUCGAAGGGGGCUUCUUACGUUCUUCAUCCGAUCCACGAUUCAGACUACACUUUCUUCCUCUCUAUUCGACUCAGACUGCCCUUUCUUCAAACAGCACUUGACGUAAUUCUAAGCUCAUUCGCAUAACAAGAAUCCGAGCUGAUCAGCGUCUCCGAAGCGCCACGAGCGUAAUAACAGCAGUCACUCUUGCUCCUCUUCAUCACUCGACUCGUCCACUCUCACACGCGCAAGUCCAAAAUGUCGUUCGACUUUAACACAUCUGCUCCCGAAUCAGAUCCCACUGCCGACUUUCUUGCUCGAGAGCGAGCAGCAGCAGGAGCCUUGCAAGGUGAUGCGGACUUGUUCGGUUCGAGCGUUGCAGGCGGCGCAGCAGGCGUAGGCGGGGAGAAGGACUUUGAGAGUGGAGCUGCCGCUUUUCCAAGUCUCGACGGCGACGAACCUUCGGCUACUGCCACGACCACCACCAACAACAAUGCGGGUGGCUUUGGAGACGAGGAUGACCUGCUUGGUGGGGGAGCAAGCGCUUUUGCCCAACAGACUAGAGCACCGGUGGAUGAAAUGGACAAAUUUCAAAGUGAAUUUCCUGAGCUGGAAGAAGAGAUGGCCAUGCCUGCAUCCCAGCCCCCCAUAUCCAACACCAACGGGUACUCUAGUGCAACCGCGCAGCCUGGUCAAUCGUUUGGCGCGGGCGGUGGAAGCUCGGGCUACGCCGGUGUUUCAGACCCCUACUCUCACUUGAACAAUGCAGAGGAGAGUGAGGCUGUCAAGCAGUGGAGGACGCGCCAAGCCGAUGAUAUCGCAAAGAGGGAUGCCGAAGCAGAGAGGAAAAAGUCCGAGACUAUUUCAAAGGCUGAACAGGACAUUGACAAGUUUUAUGAAGAGUACAAUGCGAAGAAAGAGAAGAGCAUCAAGCAGAACAAGGAGUCCGAAGCUGCCUUCCUAGCUCAACAAAGCGCCGAGCUGGCCGAAGGAACGACGUGGUCCAGAGUGACCAAGCUGUUGGACUUGCAAAAUUCUCAAAGCAAGACCAUAGCCAGAGGCGGUCCCGGCUCGACGGACCUGACAAGGAUGAAGGAAAUCCUUUUGAGUCUAAGGCGGGAGGGACAGACAGCUCCGGGAGCAGCGGGCUACUGAUGGCGCCCGAUGAUCAUCAACAUCAUUGCAGAAAGAGCCCUCGGAUGCGCUCAAAUCGCCAUGGAGAAACAUCAUUGCGAUGAGAUGCGUGUCUGACCACUUCAUUCCCUCGCGCCAUCUUCUUGCUUCUCCUCCUGUGCUUCUGUACAUGCCAACUUCACUUCGAUGAUCUCUCUUGCUAAUCGUGUGUGCUGCAAGCUACUGUGUGCGCUGCAAGCUUCAAGCUUCAAGCAGUCCUUUCCUUUCCUCGCAUGCUCCGUGAGAUCUCCGAACCGACACCGACCUUCUUGGCCGUGUUUGAUCGAAGCACAACAAGCUCAGGCGAUGAGAUGGAAGGCUGUACACUGGACAAACCUCGGCGAUGCGCGAGGACUCGACAUGGUGCUCAUUCACGCAUUGCGAUUGCGAACACGUCUCAUGGUCAAUAGUGCAUCGCGCGCUAGACAUUUGUCGAG